AUGAGCUCGGCUGUCCCCACGACUUACAGCAACCGCCCCAGAACGCGGCAACGACUCCCCAAGGCACCUCCCGCCCUGGACGUGCCAAACAUCGACGAAGACGCACCCGAGAGGAAGCGGGUGUUGAAUGUUUUGGCCCAGCGCAGAUACCGCGAACGCAAGAAACAAGACCGCCUCGCCAGGGAGAAGAGGCGCGCCGAUGGCCCAGAGCGUCGGGUGUCUGAGACAUGCGUCGACCACGGCGGCUCUCCUCCUCCGGCAGCGGCUGCUGCUGCUCCACCCGUUCCUGAUGCCGUCGACCCGAUUGAGCAGACUGCAGACCGCCGCCUUCCAUUGAACGCUGACCCGGAUGGCGGCGCUACUGUGGGCUUCAAUCUGGACGCAUCUACGGCGUGGCCAGCCGAUCUCUCAGACGACAGCUCGAUAUCGGAGCUGCUGUACGGCACGAACCUACCAAUGUUCGACCACGGCUCAGACAGCGGCGAGACUACGAUGACGGUCCUGCCCAGUCCGCCUUCGACCAUCGACCCAGCGUCCCUCAUGGACAGCGGCGCGUCCCUCUCGCCGUCAGAGUUCUCCGACAGCUACCUCCUGCCCCUGAGCGACCUGAAGCUCCUCACCGGACUGCUGCGAGUGGCCACGCGACUGGGCUCCGAAUCCGUCAUGUGGGAUCCGGCGGCGACGUCGCCGUUCACUCUGGGCGCGGGCACACCGGUCGAGCAGCUGCCCGCAACGUGGAAGCCGACGGCGGCGCAGGUGCUGGUGCCUCACCACCCUAUCAUGGAUUUCUUGCCGUGGCCCGACGUCCGUGAUCGGAUCAUCAACCUGUUCAGUCUGCCUGACGGGGCGAGACCGCCUGCGGCUCGGGGCCAGCUGGGCCUGGUCAACUUUGCGUACGACCUGGAGGAUUCUAGCGAAGGGGCGCGUAUAUGGGGUGGGGACCCGUAUGAUGCGUCGAGCUGGGAGGUUGGUCAGGUACUGUUUGAGAGGUGGUGGUUCCUGUUUGAUAGGAGUGUUAUUGCUCAGAGCAAUAGGUGGCGGUCAUUAAGGGGUGCCAAGGCAUUGGAGAUGCGGCCGGGCAGUGUGGUUGACUUGACUGAUGCCGUUUAA